CAGACCCCGCCCCCACUCGAAUGAUUCGGCCUCAGCUUUUCGCUCCUUCCCUCCCCCCUCCCUCUCCGGCGGGCGGGAUUGGUUCCGGGUCGAGAAAGGCGCAGAGGAGGAAGUGCCAGGAGCUGCCCUUUUAAUAAUGGCUCGUAUUACUCUGGAAGAACUCAAUGAAAUGAGUGAUGAGGUCCUUGAUGAAGAAGAUGAGCCAAUGGAUGGGGAGGAACAGAACAGGCUGUUUUCCCAUUGGGAGACGGUAGCUAGCACUCACCAAGUGUCACUUCCUCAAGAGAUGGCAGGUCCAAUCGUGCAAAUGACACGCAAUAACCAGGCGCGUGAGCCUGUGCCCUAUGCAACUUUAUCACAGCAUGAGAAGUGUGAGGAGUUAGCAUAUGAGGAACGGUUGUACCCAGCUGGGAAAUGGGCAUGCAUCACCAAACAAGAACCCAAGUAUGAGCAGACCAUCUCUAUGGGUUUCAUGAAAUUAAUACGCUACAUCUGCAAGGAGAACUCCCUAGGCCGCCACUUGGGGAUGACCGUUCCAGUGAUCAAUGAAAUCCAACUGAAUAAGGAAGGCACAGAAUUGCUCCAAGAAGUUACUACAGCUUAUUACCUCCCUGAGGAAUUUCAACACAGCCCCCCUCUUCCCCUUGACCCAGAAAUCCAAAUUCAAGAGAGAGCACCAUUUCACGUUAUCACCAGGGUGUUUUAUGGGACGACUACGGAAGAAACAAUCCUACGGGAGAUCCGCCUUCUCUGGGAGUUGCUGGGCUCUACAGAUAACGUGCUCCGGGAAACCUACGUGGUGGCUGCAUACCAGAAUCCCGCUGUCCCUAAUCGUCGUAAUGAGAUCUGGUUUAUCCGGCGAGCAGAUUGAAAGUGCAGUGAAUUCCUGACAAGAUUACAAUCCACCCUGUGACUGGAUCCCGGUUUAGAUGGCAGUUCUAGUCCGAAGGAGAUGAAUGCACAUCCCGACUCACUAUAGAAUAGAUGAGCCGCUCCUUUACCCCUGGGUGAACCAAGGAGUUAUGUUCCUCCCUAGGAGCUCACAGCCAGGGGAAGACUAAUGCACCCAGAUCUCUCCCAUGGAAGGGUUCCACCCCACUCCUGUAGGGGUGGUAUGGCAUUAUGGUGGCAAAGGUGGAGAGGAUAUUGGAUAGAUGAAGUGCCAGCUUCCAUGGUCCCCAACAGAGUCUGUGUUACAGUGGAAGAGUGCCCUGAGCAGUGGCUGAGCAAUCCGCAUGGCACAUUUCAAGGAUUAGGUGUUGAUUUUGAAAUGAAAGGAGAGUACAGGUCCAAACACCACUGCCCAUAGCUGUGUCUGUAAUGGACAGAUAGGAAUGGAUGAGGCACAGGCCAGGACCUACAUUACUUAUAGAAAGAAAAUUACACUUCUGAUGCAAACAGCAUCACUUUUAGUCAUGUAUAUGGAAGGUGACUAGUCACCUUAUUCUCCAACAACAAUGAAGCUCCAUUCCUGCAUCUUGGGAUGGAAUAGCUUUAGACAUUCUUGGCUGGAAUAAUUUGAGAACAUGUCCAGGAAAUCCCUGCCAAAGCCUAUGGCCAGAGGAAGACCCGAGAAGUGCAGUUCAGGGAGACUCUUCUCUUUGGCAUAAGAUCCUGUUGGCUUUUUCUUUUGCCCUGUGGGUACUCUAAGGGUACUCCUGCCUAUCAGCCAGCUGGAGCUUUUGCCCACUUCCUCUCGACCAGGUGGGCCCAAGGGCUUGGUGCAAGUUAAACAGGCCAUAUAUCUGUAAGUUGUCAUUGGCAGCAUUUUUGUUGCUGUGUGUUGUGUUGUGCAUUGAUUGGUUGGUUUCACACUCAUGAAUGCUGCUGUCCUCUGCCAAGCGAGGAUGGUGGAACAAAGCAAACCUGAAAUAAAAUCUAGCUCAAACCUCA